GUUUGUAAACAAACCAAUUCAAUUUCUGAAUUCUUAGAAAAUAAAGUGAAUUAAGCUACUUAUAUCAUAGAUAUCAACAGAAUGAAUCUACUGCAAGCUGUUAAUCAAAAUGAUGUUGAACGUGUUAAGGAAAUUCUAGCAUCAACUGCAAAUAUUAACGCUGCAGACAAUCAUAAUUUUACAGCUUUACAUCAUGCAGUAGUCAAAAGAAAUGUCGAAAUUUGUCAUCUCCUUCUUGAUCAUCAACGAUUCAAUUCAUUAUCUGUAAGUUUUGAAGGAUUAUCAGCAUUAAUGGUUGGAAUUACAACAAAUUGUCCAUUCGAGAUAUUAGAGCUGUUGGUUCUCAAGAAGCCACAAAUUGUCAACAUAAAAAAUAAUGAGGAAGUAGCACCAUUACACGAGGCUGUCAAAAACAAGAGAUUAGAGGUUGUAAGACUGUUAAUUGAAAAUGGAGCAACAGCAAAUUGCUACGACUUAGAUUUAGAGAAUUGCUUACAUUUUGCAGCAUCAAACUGUGAUUUCGAUAUGAUUGAGUAUAUUUUAAAUGAGACAGAAGUCGAUCCGCGAGCAAAAAAUCGUGAUUCUAUGAAUCCAUUAUGCUUGUUACUUGUAAGAUCUAGGAAUGAACCAGCUGAUAUAGUUUCGGCUUGUUUUCAUUUAAUGCUUGAACAUACAUAUGAAAAAGACUUUAGAAUUAAUAAUUACAAAGUAGAAGACUUAUUUCAACCAGCUUUUCUGGCUACAGUUUAUUCACAUACUGAAAUAGUCAAGUUUAUCAUUCACAAUAUUUAUUCAAGUAGUAACAAAAAGUAUGAAUUUAUUAGAAAUUUAUGUGAAUCGUGUACUGUAGAUGAAGAUGAGGAAUUCCUGUAUUACCUUUUAGUGUUCCUUCAUGAUGAUAUUGACAAAUAUGACAAAUUUAGCUUUCCAAGAUUUUCUGAAAUCAACUAUUUUAUGUGCAUCAGAUCUGUAGUUUAUGUCCUGCAGAAGUUACUAGAAUCGCACGAAUCAGUAACUUUAGCGAUAGCUUUAUUGAAUGUGUUGGAAACAAUUGAAAUGAACAUAAAAGUUAGAGAAUUUGAGGAUCAAGUUGGAGUUUUGCUGUAUGACAGAUUUUCAAGUGCUACAUUUGCUCCGAGUCACAUCGAGAACAUUGAUCGACUGCUUCAGUACUUCUUUAAUAAAGGAUUCAAUAUUAGCACAACUAUAAAGUCGGUACUUCAUUCAACAGCAGUUGCGAAUGUCAAUCAAACAAAUGUCUUCAAUUCAGCUUUGGAAGUUCUUAAGAUUAUUUUGCCGUAUAACAGCACAUUCUUCACAGAUGCUGAAUGCUGGAAGCAAAUUAACGAAUUCAAAAAUCUAAACGAGAAUAUAUCAAAAAUUGUGACAUGGCUUAAUGACAAUUAUGGAAAUUCAAUGACAAAUCGGAUACUUGAUGUAAAAAUUGUCUAUACAUUGAAGCAUUUGUGCCGGAAUGUUUUAAGGAAUCAGCUGACCGGCAAUUUGAAGCUUCUUCAUCAAGCAGAUUUUGCUACACAAUUGAAAUUACCUCACAUAUUGAUGAACUUUUUAAUAUUUAAAGAAUAAAAAUUAAAUUCAUUUGGGAAUUCCAAAUUAUCUGGAUUAAAGAAUAUUAAGUUGUUUCCUUGGGAAAUACCAAUCGAAAGUUAACUGAUAAGAACGUUUGUUAUGUUGACGCGAUUGAUUUGAACUACUUAAGUUCAAAAUUUUUAAUAUCAUGAACUGAUAAGAUAAUUAAGUUUUAAGAAGAAAUUUCAAAAUAAAUUUUCAUUCUAGAUUUUAUGAUAUCGCCAAAAAGUCAAAAACUUGUUUUUACAAUGUUUAAAAAAAUGGAAUCUUUUGAGGAAUAACUUAUUUAUGCUUCAUAAAGAAUCGAACUCGAAUCGUGUUUCA